AUGUUCAGUAUACAAAAUCAGAUAAUUGAAGCUUGCAAUAAACUCAUUUUAAAUAAAAUUGUGGACAAAAUAAAUAAAUCGCAAUGUUUCUCAAUUUUGGCCGACGAGACAACUGAUGUAUCAAAUAUAGAGCAGUUGUCACUUUGUGUUAGAUAUGUUAACAACAAUAACAUGCUAAAUGAAGAUUUUAUUCAGUUUAUUGCUAUUCAUAGCCUAACAGGUUUAGACUUGGCUACAUCUAUAUUAAAAGGUUUAAGUGAUUGUGGAGUAAAUUCCGAGUAUAUAUACGGGCAAGGCUAUGAUAGAGCUAGCAAUAUGGCAGGGCAAUUUAAAAGUGUUCAAAAAAUAAGAGAUAAAUACCCUAACGCUCUAUACGUACACUGUUCAGCGCAUUCCCUGAACUUAGCAGUUUCAUCUUCUAGCAAUAUAAAACCAAUUAGAAACUCUCUAAAUUUCAUAUCUAUUGAAUGGAAAGAUUCAUCUUCCACUGAUGCAAAUAUGUUUUUAAAAUGUAUUCAAGAUUCAGAGUUCUUAGUUUCCCUUUAUGUUACAAAGGAAAGAAUAGAUCUGAAGAAAACGGUUGAUAUUGUGGAAAACUUAAUACAAUCAUUAAUGAAUAUUAGAGAAGAUGCCCAACAUGAAUUUAAGAGAAUAGUUGACGAAGCUCAGACAAUGGCUGAAUUAAUUGGAACAUCAAUCUCUAGAAAAAGAAUUACAUCAAAGAAAACCAAUCGAGCAAAUCCUCAAAAUUUAAAAUCUACCAAGGAUUAUUAUCGAGUAACUGUGUUUUUGCCAUACAUUGAUAAUUUCAUUUCUCAACUGAAAGAUAGAUUUGUGAAUCAUAAAAACGUUUUAAGAGGAUUCGAGUGCCUAUUUCAUUCAGAAUUUUCCAAUGAAGACAGAAAUGAAUUUCAGCACCUAAUUGAACUAUAUUCUCCUGCAAUUGAUAGGCACAAUGUGCUUGCAGAACUGAAGAUGUGGAAAUUAAAACUAGCCUCCAGUAGUAACGAAAUAACUAAAACUGGGAUAGAAGCGUUCCUUAACUGCGAUAAAGACAUUAAACUUCUCUUAAAAAUAUUUGUGACAUUGCCUGUGUCAACUGCAACUCCUGAGAGGAGUUUUUCUAGUCUAAAAAGGCUUAAAACGCAUCUACGUAAUACAAUGAAUGAGACACGGCUGAAUGGAUUGUCAUUACUAUCAGUUCAUAGAAAUAUUGAUUUAUCCGCGGAAGAAGUCAUAGACGAAUUGUCCAAAACAUCUAGAAAACUAGACUUUGUUUUGUAA